AUGCAGCUGUCCUUGAUCCUCGCGUCUGCGCUUGCCGUGGCAACUGCUCAGGGCUGCUAUUUCACGGUCCAUUCAUCCACUGUGGGUGAUUUCAAGGUUCAGCACUCAGAGCCCUCUGAUCACGGCGGGGCCAAGCAGACCAUCAGCGGAUCCAAGGGCGCUUGCUCCUUCUCUGGAGACCUUGCAGAUGGCUGCAUUGUCACUGUUGAGAAGAACAACGGUUGCGGCACCUUGACAUUCACUCGCAUCGGCAGCAACUAA